GCCCAACUAAACAGAACGACCGUCUGCCGUCGCGGGAGAAAGGAAAAGAACUCACAUUCUAGAAAACUCCACGAAUCGAUACCAAAGGUUUCCCUUACCUGCCACGGUUUUCUUCUUUCCGUGUCUCUCUCUUUCCCCAUCCGUCUGACCAAAUCCCUAUUCGCCGGCAGCUCUUGCCUUCCUCUUCCCCUCCGGUUGAGGUUCGUCGGAUUCUUCUUUCUUUCCAUCAGGGCUCUUCCUCGUUGCGCGCCCCGGUCACUCAUUGGCCUAGAUCGAAGUCCGAGCGCGGCAAUCUCCUUCCCGAAUCUCGCCUUCAUAGGUUCGUUCGUACCUUCGACUCUUUUGAAUCGAUAGUUUCAACUUUUCACCGCAUCUGAUCUGAUAUUAGAUCGUUAGUUAGCACGAUUGCAUAGAUAAAUUUAGUCUUCAUAAUUCCCAACUACGACUGUUGAUGGUCCUUGCUUGCCUUGCGAUGCGAUCAAGUUUGUAUUUGUCUCUGACUUUGAUUUAAUUUUCUGCAGAUCUGCCUCAGCUGGAGUUCUUGCUAUUUUGGAGGGGUUUGAAAGGGUCUGUGCAUCCCUUUCCCUGCAUAUUAGGUAAGAAUGUUUGAAUCAAAUUCAUGUCGAUCAAAAUUUUGAUUUUCUCUCCAUUUACUGAUACCUGGCCGUGUUCUUCUUUAUGGGAACCAUGAUGAUCGAGUAGCUAACAGUGCCUUUUCUCUUUUGUGAGACACACUUUUCGGCCAUCAUACACAAAAUGCAGUUGAUAAGCUCUUGUCUUUGUACUCGUAAAUGGACUGCAAGAAGUUCAUCCAGUUGGUGGAGGAGAAGAAGAGGAGAGUCCUGGAGAAGAGAGAAGCCCGUCUGCAGUGGGAGCAGAAGCUAGAAGCCGCUGCUGCUGCAAAGGCGAAAUCUGAUGCUGAGCGUAGAGAGCGGAAGCUCAAGGCAGCUUCCAAGCAUAAAAAGGACAAGAAAUCCAACAGUCGGAAGCACCGGAGGCGGUCCUCUGACUCGAGCAAUGAUGAAAACAGCGAAUCGGAAGAAGAGUACGAGAGGAGAAAGAGGAGGCACAAGAAGCACAGGUCCCAUGAGACGAGAGUCGACUCUUCAGAAGAUUCCGAGUCAUACAGUGACAGUGAUGAUGAUGAUGAUGAUGAUGCAAGCAAGAGAAGAAGCCACAUGAAGCGACACAAAAGCAAUCACCAUCAUCAUCAUAGACACCAUAGGAGGUCUGAUUCAGAGUCUAGUGAUACUGAUUCAUCGGUGCGUGAAAAGCGUCGUAAACAUCACAGGCGGUCUCGUAGCAUGGAACCUGAUGAAUCUGAUUCUGAUGGGCAUGGGGAUCGGCAGAGGAGCAGGUCGUGAUCAGAUAACGGCUUCGAUGGGUCGAGGAAGAGGGCAUGGAAUGAACCGAGAUAGCACUG